ACACGGAACUAACGUGGAUUUUGGUGCUGCUCGAAUUAGCUACAUUAUAUGUAGUUAGUUAUAGUUUAUCUAAGUAAUGGAAAAGAUUCGUGCACGCUUAAAUAUUGGAAGCAAAUCAGAGCCUGUUAAACUGAGGAAACGAAAAUCCCAACUAUAUAGUAAAGAAGAAACAUGUCCUCUUGAUAAUGGUGUAUUGGGGGUCCAUGUCACUGUCUUCACUGUGGCAUUUCGUCUCAUCAACUGCUUCCUGGUCCAGACCAGCUUUGUCCCAGAUGAAUACUGGCAGUCCCUCGAAAUCGCUCAUCUUAUGGUUUUUGACUAUGGCUAUUUGACGUGGGAGUGGACAGCAGGUAUAAGAGGGUUCUCCUACCCUCUCUUUUUUGCAGCUAUAUAUAAGAUAUUGCACUUCUUCACCUAUGACGCAGUUCAACUCUUGGUAUGGCUACCUCGAGUUGUGCAGGCACUGCUAUCUGCAUUGGCUGAUAUUAAACUCUACUGUCUUAUCCAAUCACUGGAGCAUUCUGACGUUGCCAAAUGGACGUACCUCUGCCAGCUCUGUUCUUGGUUCACAUGGUACUGCUGCACCAGGACCCUGACCAACACCAUGGAGACCACACUCACAACUCUGGCUCUCUAUUACUAUCCUCUGCCUGGCUCUAAAACACACAGCAGUACAAAAUAUUUGAUCCUGGUUGCCUUGGCAGUCAUUGUUCGUCCAACAGCCUUGAUUGUGUGGCUUCCUCUGUUGGUUUUCCACUUCUGGCAGGAAGAUAACAAGCUGAAACUCAUAACUCACCUUUGCCUUCCCAUUGGGGCUUUAACUCUUGGGAUUUCGACAUUGAUUGACUGCAUUUUCUAUGGAAAGUGGACCCUGGUGCAGUACAACUUCCUUAAGUUGAAUGUUUUUCACAACGUGGCUGAGUUCUAUGGCUCUCAUCCAUGGCACUGGUACUUUACUCAGGGUUUUGUGGUCGUCAUUGGCCCUCAUCUUCCUUUCUUCCUGUAUGGAUGCACACUGGCUUCAAAAAGAUACAGAAUCAUGUUAAUAACAAUAGUCUGGACAGUAAUGGUUUACAGUUGUCUUGCGCACAAGGAGUUCAGAUUCAUCUACCCUGUUUUGCCUUUCUGCAUGGUAUUUUGUGGGAUAGCUUUGGUGAAUCUGAGAACCUGGAGACGGCCUGCCGCAUGCGCCUUAUUGGUCUCCAACCUAGUCCCAGCCCUGUACACAGGUCUGCUUCACCAGCGAGGCACACUGGAUGUCAUGGGUCACCUCCAGACCCUGUGUGACGACAGCGAUCCUUCAACACCUCCACUGCCUGAAGUCCUCUUUCUAAUGCCCUGUCACUCUACACCUUUCUACAGUCACAUCCACUGUCCAAUGAAGAUGCGUUUCCUAGAAUGUCCACCAGAUCUCACAGGAGACAAGAGCUAUGUCGAUGAAGCUGAGAGAUUCUUCGCUGAUCCUCAUCAUUGGUUGAGGACCUCAUUUCCUUAUAAGUCAAUGCUGCCAACCCACCUGGUGUUCUUUGAUGUUCUGGAGAUGGAGCUCUCUGCAUUCUUGGAUGGGAAUAGAUUUAUGAGAAGUACAGAAAUAUUCCACACUCACGUUCCUGAAGGACGAGUUGGAAAAAGCAUCCUAGUUUAUCAAAGGCACUGAACGCAAAACACUGAAGAGAAUGAGAAUACAUUUUUAAGAAGCACAAAGAUUUUCCCAUACUUAUGUAUCUCAAGGACGAGUUUGAAGAAGCAUCCUAGUUUACAAAAUGCACUGAACAGAACCAUCUUGACCAUUGGCACGAGCCAUUUGGAAGUUAAUCAAAAUGGAUCUGUAUUGUAAAGGAAUAAAUUAUAAUUAAAACUGAACAGAUUGAUCUUUUAAACACUGGAUCUGUAUUGUAAAGAAAUAAAUUAUAAUUAAAACUGAACAGAUUGAUCUUUUAAACACUGAAAAUAAUGCAACACUUAGCCAGACAGUCCACUAUAUUAGGGGGGGAAAAGAAGCAGUCAAUAUUCACUUUUAUUUUAUUGGGAAGCUGCAAUUAAUUUAACAGCACAUCUGUAAAUGAAAGAAAAUAAUCAGCCUUAGUAAAACAAGCCAUAGUUGGAAUGUUACUGAACACAGUUGCACUUUAUCUCACCAUUUUAAACAUAUGUAAUGUAGCAGCAAAGUAUACAAAUCAACUGUGGAACCGGCAUCUUGCAUUAUUCAAUACCAUGUGAAAAAAAGUAUUUCUCAGUGGUUUUGCUACUUAAAAGUUUUACUGCACACAACAGUAUCAAUGUCAGCAAUUGUUUUGUCCAUUAUCUCACAAUUAUCAAUGUCACCUAAUGACAAUUUGAAAUUGAAAUUAAAGUGUAUCUGUCAGUGCAUAACUCUUCAAUGCCACUGACAAAAAUACUAUGCAUCCAAUGAAUCAUUAUUCAUUCACAAUAGGCCUAAAUGUAGACAAUUAAAAUGGUAAACUUUAAAAAAGAUAUUUUUUAAACAAGGCCCAAAGAGAAGAAAUGUUGUGCUAAUUAGUCAGUGAUGGCUCUUAAAAAGAACAUGUAACAAAUGACCUGAUGACAAUGUGUACUACAGAGUUAGCUACUGUCAGAUUUACUUACUGUAUUCCCAUGUUUAAUUGCUCUAGUUAGUCAUAUUUAAAGACAAUUCAUGGCUAAAUCAUUGCAGCAAUAAUUUUCUUUGUGCUCAUGAGAUUAGAUGCAGUCAGAUACACCACCAUUGAUACUAACCUAAGGAUUGCUUACACAACACAGGAAGCAAGGGGACAUUCAGGCAGCGUUAAAAGAACAUUGUGCAAAAUCACAAAAACAGAAGAAUAAGGAUUUCCAUCAAACGCAUCCUAAAUAGACUUUGCAACUACAAUAUCAGCCAUCAUAAAAACGGAUUCCUUAGGUAAGAUUCUCAAUAUUUGGGAUCAAAGGGCACAGGACCCAACUCUAUUUUUACAUCAGCCAUGUGUCUGUCUGUGUUCCGUCCUGCUCUGCUCCACUUCCUCUCUCUUUGUGGCCGGGGCCGGGUCCUCUGAUUGCGCUGCUGCUGCUUUGCUAGCCUUUCUUCUUUAGUAUCCGUAUCUGGCCCCUCAAAGGGUCUACUGUGAGUUGGCGAACAGAAAUGUCAGAAUAUGGUAAUACACAACAUCCUAUUGAAAAAACAGUUAUGAAAACUAUAAACUUACCUUGACCCAUAACGUUUUGAGUAGGUAUCUCCAAAGAAGUGCCUGUAGACAUACUCGUCAAGAUCUUCAAAGACGUCAUCGUUGUGGCCAUGGUACUCAUCCAUGUCCUCCAGGUAGUCUUCCACACCACUAACAAAGUCUGUGAACAGCAUCUGAUCGUGGAUGAAGACGCCAUUGUGAAAGAAAUUUUUUAUAAAGCUCUCCAGCUCAGUCCAGUGGUGGAAGUGGUCAACCUCCUGCUGGAGGUAGCUGUGAAGCAGCUGGUUGAACUCAUCUGCUCUUAUGGGGUCCAUGGCUUUGUUGAAGAGGCUCAUGGAUUCUUGGUAGGCACAGUCGAAAACCCCAGAGCAACCUUUGGGCACUCCUCUCUGUUGUUGCUCAGCGUCUGGGUCCUCCUCAACUUUACUCCCUGACUUCCGGGUGUUACGGUGUGCCUGGAAAGAGUCGUCAGUGGAUUUACGAGGGUGACGAUGCAGGGGCUUGUGGGUUCUGGGCUGCCAUGGUUCCUCUGAGUGCUUGUUUCCAUGGUCUCUAUGAUGCUCCUGCUGCUCAGGCUUGGCAUCCUUCCUCUCGUGAAACCUCCGAUUGUGAGGCCGGUAAGUCUUGUCCAUCAUACGCGAAGCAGAGUCCUUGAAGUGGCGGAAGGUGGAUUUCACAGAAUCUGAGAACUUCCUCAGAUUCUCCUUCACAGCCUCUUUGGCUUUCGUUAUCUGCUCUUUGUGAUGGUGCACAAACUCCUUGGUGGAGUUCUUCACCGCAUCAAAAGUAUCUUUCACCUUCCCUAUCACGCCAUCCUUGGACUUCUUGACUUUGGCCUGCUUGUCUCCCUUGGCCCUCUCCUCUUUGGUUUCCACAUAGAGCCUCUCCCAAAGGUCGGAGCGCUGCUGCUCAAAGCUCAGCUUCUUCUGCAACUCCAUGAGCCGUGACUGCAGCUCCUUUGUCUCCAGGUCGGCCUCUCCUCCGGCCCUGGUGUUGCGGCUGCUUAGCUGCUCCCUUAGCUGGUCAGUCACCCUCCGCUCAUUAUCCAGCUCCCUCCUCAGCGUCUGGGCAUCAGCCAUCAGGGCCUCCCUCUGGCUCAGGAAGCUACGGAGGCGCUGCGUCUCCUCCUCCAGGUGGUCCUUCAGCCUCUGGUUCUCAGACAGUAUGGAGUCGGCCCCGGCCCCAGUCUCCUCCAGGUCUCGGAUCUGGGAGCGCAGGUUCCUCAGCUCCUCCUGAAGGGUGGACAGGGACUCCUCCUCACGCUCCAGGGAGCUCUUCAGCAGCUGGUUCUCCACCAUCAGGUGAUUCUGCUGAGACUCAAUCUUAACCCUCUCUUCACCAGUCUGCUUCAGUUUCACGACCAAAUCUUCUUUCUGGGCCUUGUUUCAAAACAAAAAUACAUUUGUUAUGCAUCCACAAAGGAGUAUUAGCAAAACGCUUAACAUAUGAACAACAAGGGGAACAGUUAGGCUUAAAUUAAUAAUGAA